GCUGGAGGAUAGAGAGAAAAAUGGAGCGCUUUUGGCUCUGGAUGUGUUUUACACUGUUGCAAGUUUGUGUUUUGUGUUUGGUUCCCGCGUCAGGUAAUACAUAUUUAAACAGGUCAACAGUGGAAGAAAAUUAGAGACAAGAUUUCUGAUGUUGCUAAAGGACACACUCCAUGCAACCCUGUCAACUGUAGCUGCCAUCUAAGUGUCCUACAAGAUGACUUGCGGCCCUUUAAAGGGAGAAUCUCCAAGGAUCUCAUGGCUGCGACGGUUCAGAGAGGGGUGGGCACCCACUACCAGAUCAUCGGACACAAGUUGUACAGGGAACACAGUUGUAUGUUUCCUGCCAGAUGCAGUGGGGUGGAGCAUUUCAUCCUGGAUGUGAUUGACAGGUUACCUGACUUGGAGAUGGUGGUAAAUGUCAGGGAUUACCCUCAAGUCCCCAACUGGGUGCAGCCAACCCUGCCUGUCUUCUCUUUCAGUAAGACAGCAGACUACCAGGACAUCAUGUACCCUGCAUGGACGUUUUGGGAGGGAGGGCCUGCUGUGUGGCCCAUAUACCCCACUGGACUGGGAAGAUGGGAUCUGAUGAGGGAUGAUCUUAAAAAGUCUGCAGCACAGUGGCCAUGGAAGAAGAAGGAGUCCAAAGGAUUCUUCAGAGGCUCCAGAACCAGUCCAGAGCGCGACCCUUUGAUUCUUCUGUCCAGAGAAGCUCCAGAGCUGGUGGAUGCAGAGUACACAAAAAACCAGGCCUGGAGGUCUGAGAAGGACACACUAGGGAGACCCCCGGCCAAAGAAAUCCCACUGGUCGAUCACUGCAAAUACAAAUAUUUAUUCAACUUCCGAGGUGUGGCAGCCAGCUUCCGCUUCAAACAUCUCUUCCUCUGUGGUUCCCUGGUGUUUCAUGUGGGAGAUGAUUGGCAGGAGUUUUUCUACCCUCAGCUCAAGCCCUGGGUCCACUACAUCCCAGUCAAGCAGGAUCUCUCUGAUGUCAGGGAACUACUACAGUUUGUCAAAGAGAAUGAUGCCAUUGCAGAGGAGAUUGCAACGAGGGGUAAGGAAUUCAUCCUUGACCACCUGCGGAUGCAAGAUGUUUCCUGCUACUGGGAGAGACUCCUCUCUGAGUUUAGCCAUCUUCUCACCUACAAACCCAAAAGAAAGAACAACUUGAACCAGAUUGUCCCCAGACCCAGCAAGACGGAGCUAUAAGAGCGAGACUCUGCAGGACCAGGGCAGCUGAAGUAAAACUCUAGAUAAUGAAUGUAAUCACUGCACCACAACAAAUGAUUUCCUCACAAGCAACGCCACAUGUUGAUGUUGGCGUUCCAUAUUUUUGUCAAAAUCACACCUAAAUUAGCCAAUCUAAAACUGUGCCCAGAUACUUUUCACAUUUAUUUCUAUUGAGUCCAGGGUUUUAGUCUAAUGUGGAGCACGGUUGGACCAUGUGUCCUGACACAGGACACAUAGCUUAGUAUUACAGCCAUAGGUUUAGUUUAGUAUGUUGACUGUGGAUGCUGCCAUAACUUCAAGUGCCACAAGGGAGCUUAUAUGCCAAUUCUGAGUCAUUGAUCACUUAAAAGAUUAUGGCAUUGAGCGUCUAAUGAAACAUCAUCUGUCUAUCAAACUGUAUUAAAGGAAGUGUAGGAUCCAGUCAUUUUUGGAGCUUGACCCAUACUAUCGACUAAAAGUCAGGCCUCCGCUGCUUCGAUUUUGACCAUUCAUCAUCAGUCUUACGAGUACCUCAACUAUAUGGAAGUGACAUACAGUUUGCAUUGUUUUGUAAAAUGAAUCAUCUGGACUGGGCUUCAGACAGCUUUUCAUGAAAAUCAGACCACUUGCAGAAAACUGAGGAAGAAUGUAAAAUUUUCGAAAUUGUAAUUAAGUGUUAACUUGGUUAUCCUUAGUGACCUGCAAAGACUGAGUGGAAGAAGAAGUUCAGUUCCUUGCACAAGAUAUAUCUAAAUUGAACCCUUGACCAUCUGACCUUUUCCUGCAGACCACCCACCAAAAUCUAAUGAAAAUAUUGCACAUUCAACUGUGGAGCACCUAAAACUUUAAUUUAAAAAAUAGUAUGAUGUUGACUUUCAUCCGCUGCUCAAAUAUCCACAAAGGAUGUACCAAUAAUAAUACUUGUUACAGAUGCUAUGCUGUUACAUAUUUAAUGCGGUUAACUGGGGAAAUAUGGGAAAUAUUCUACUCAGAAACCAUGAUCUAUAAGUCCAUCUAACCAAGUCCUAUUACUUUAAUUAAGUGUAAUGGCCAAAAGUAAUACUGACUUAGAUUAUAUGUUAAGUACAUGGAAUCUGUUGUUGAGGGGCAGCUUACACAUGAGCUUUGCUACACUCCCCUCUACUGGACCAACGAGGAAACUAGCAGUUCUUUACCAAGCAUCAUUACAGCAACAUAUCCAUGUGUCGUUUGAUUUACUUGUUUAUUGCAACAAUGAUGCCAAUGUCUGCAUUUGCAUGGGUCUGCCAUACAUUUGUAACUUAAAGAAAGCACAAAAUACAUAUUCACAGUCCACAUUUCAUUCCACACUAAGUGCCAACAGUGUCAAUAAUGACAUUUGAGGAAGUAAUUAUAUUUUGAAGCGUGGAGUUUCCAAGAUACACUCAUAUUGUUUUUACCUUUUUAAAAGAAUUGGUCUUGGUGUUAAGAGAUGAUAGUUUAUACAGAUAAUGUUGAAUAUGUUGUAGUAUUCACAUUGUACGGUAAACAAGCAGAUUCUAA